AAGGUUGACGUACACAUGUGUGUAGGGGCUUCAUAAGAUAUAUAUUUUUUGGUUUUGCGCUCUCCGUUUUUAAUUAUACUUUCCUUUUCGAACUCAGAAGGCUAGGAAACAGAUGCAUUUAUGCAUGUGAGUACACUAUAUCUUACCGGUAUCGGUAAAUACAUGCAUUUUACUUUUUGAACGCAAUAUUUGAAGUAAGUUUCUGGUUUAAGGCUGUAUGGGUGCCUUUUUUUGCUGCGUAUCGAUGGGGUGGGAAGGGAGUCUUUGGACACCAGAAAAUUUUUUUUCUCCUUUUUGGUUUCGGUUCGAAAUGACGAUGAUGGCGGAUUUUGGAAGUAAAUUGUCCACGGCCUUGGCGGAUGAUGCGAAGGAGUCGAACGAAUCGGGUCGUGCUUCGUUUUCUGCGCAGGGGUCAUUUUUUUCGCCGACGAAGGUGCCGUCUGUGAGCAAGAGGGCUACGAAGCAGGGUCGAACGCAUUCGGUCCGGAAGAACGAAGACAUUGAUUCUCUGCCAGGUGAAGCUGAAGUCACGGCGGUAAUAGCGUUGAACAACCUCAGUCAGACGACACCUAGCAAAAUUCGGCGACUUGUUCCUUCUGUUCACAAAGGGUUUGACAUGGCUCAUUCGCCCUGCUUUUCGCCGGAGUCAAAUGGGGAGGAAGAGCGGAGGUCUUUUGUGCCUGUUGAGAUGCCUUUUUUUUUGCCAGAGAGACAGCACACUGCGGCGGCGGGAGGCGAUGCUUCGUCUCUCGAGCGCCAGAGGUCGAUUUUGGACCGAAUGGUAGGGGGCGCCGGUUCGGAGUCCGUUGCGGAGCGUCGAUCUGGAUUGCAGCUUUGGUACAUUUACGAAUUCUUCUACUCCGACAUCGACGUGGGUUGGUAUGGGAAGAACGAGUUCAUUUUUUGCUUGCACGCGCUUAAGCUCUCUCACAUGAGAGUGGCUACAAGGAAGCAAUGGAACAUGGCCAGACGCAUGAUGGGGAAAGUGAGCAUAUUCUCGCAGAGGUUUUUACAAAAAGAGAGGGCGGAACUCGAAAGGUAUCGUAAACAAAAAAGACAGAAUGCUUUUCAAAUGGUUCGUCCGGAGCAAAAUGGGCCUUUGCGAACGCCUCCUCCUAGAAUUGCUGCGAAUAUGCCGUCAUCCAUGGUGUAUCUAUAUCAUCCUUCGAACAUGGGUCUCCUCCAAGCGGAUCCAUCAUUUUACGCGACUUCGCCCGUCAUUGACGCAGGUCCGAACGCCUACCUUAAAGACAUCAUUCCUGGAAAUGAGCGUUGUCUGGCGCUCAUAUCGAGUCCAGACGAUCCCAAGCUUAAAGUUAGCCUCGGUGUUGUCGAAAAAUAUAAUUUCUCCGAUUACACUUACACCAUCCUGCUGGAUGAAGAAGAUCACGGCAGAACACCCAAAGCGACCGUUUCCCUUCCGGAUGUUUGCGUGAUGUCUUACAAGCUUUUAAUGGAACGGACCGCUGCCACGCCUUGCGAGCCUAGGCUGUUGUUCCAUCCACUGCCGGUGUCGAGCCACCAUCCCGGCAUCGCCGCCUUCAAUUACCGUCCCCUCGUGCAGGGCGGCGAGCAGAGCGCCUUCAACGGCGCGGUCCCUUCGCCGCUUCGACAGCAGAUGAGCUGCGCUAGUGAAGCGGUUGACAGAACGCCGAAAAACAGAGUUUUUCCCGCGUACAGCGCGAAUUACACAAAGCCAAGUUAUUCGUUGGGCGCUCUGUCGCCGCUGCGUCGCCGAGAGCGCCGAGUUACGCCGCUGAGUCCGGGUGGCGCGGUUCCGGUCGCGCCGUACGAUAUCGAGUGCAUGGCCAACGUUAUCAACUUGCUUGACAUGAAGGAGGUUAUUUUGACGAAGCUCAAGUUGUUCAACGAUCUCUUCGAGCAGCAGUGCCGACAGCAGAAGUCGUCGUCGAGUUCGCCGUCGUUUGGUCGGUACCAGUCGCGGUUGAAGGUGUUGACGAAGUCGCAGCAGCGAGCGUACGCGCACUGCAUCAUCAAGCUGCAGGAGAUUAGCUCGGUGUUGGCCACGGAGAUAGAGAGGUUGUAUUCGCGUUCGAGGGGGUUUAGGUAGAGAGGGGGGUGGUUCGAACGGGGGUGGCAGCUGUGGAUGGCCGAAGGACGUGUUCGUCGUUGUCAAAAAGCAGAGUAGCCUGUAUAGUUGUUGUGUGCUAUAUGUUUAAUGUACAGAGAGAGAGGAAAAAAAAAAAAAAAAAAAGAAG